CGUUUCAUUCUUUUUUUCCCCCCUUCAUGUCGAUGUGGCUGUAGUCGGGUUUUAAGUGUUUAAAUAAAGUCGACAUGGAGGUUUUAUUUUUAUGGGUAUUUGUUAUGCUGAGUUUUGCAGUAGCGGAACAGGAAGAAAGACUUCCAGAUAAAUGUGAAGUGUGUAAGUUUUUGACAGUAGAGCUGCAGGCUACUUUGGAAAAGAGCAGCCGCUCCAAAGAGGUCCUUGAGCUCGGAGAAGUGCUGGAUACUGGAAAACGUAAACGCAAAAUUCAGUACAACACUUCGGAAACAAGAUUGACAGAAGCUGUAGACAAUAUCUGUGAGAGAAUACUGCAGUACAGUGUCCACGCUGAGAGACCUGGGAGCCUCCGAUAUGCCAAGGGCACCAGUCAGACUAUGAACACACUGAAGAACCUGGUUAAUAAAGGGGUGAAGGUGGAGCUUGGUAUCCCCUACGAGCUGUGGGAUGAGCCAUCAGUGGAAGUGGCAGACAUGAAGAAACAGUGCGAGACCAUGCUGGAGGAAUAUGAGGAGGUGGUAGAGGACUGGUACUUCAAUCACCAGGAGGAAAGACUGGAGAAAUUCCUGUGUGAAGCUCAUGUCCUGAAAAAAUCAGAGUCAGAAUGUCUAAACGAGGUGUGGAAAGGAGACCUAGGUGUGAAGGGAUCGACUGUAGAGUCAGAGAGCAAGCGAGAGGAAGAUGGUCAUACACACGACACAGGGGAACUCUAACAGCAAGCUGACAAACUACGACAGCUGGACGUUUCAGUCUUGCUUGUAGAAUGUGUCCUGGGAAAGAAAGUCAUCCCAAAAGACCAAUGAACUGGGAGAAGUGUUUACAAUAAAGCUUUUAGUGUAUGAUGGUACUAAACACUAUAAUACAUAUUUGCACACAGCAAAAUAAAAUAAACAAUCUGUGUUUUCUAGCCAGCGAACAGUUGUACCUCAGUGUAAAUCAUUUGUAAAGGGACUUUUGGUGCUUUAGAAAGUUUAUUAUGCAGUUCUGCCAAUAAUGAAGUCACUUUUUGCAUAUUGUCUUUAUAAUAUAAAAAGUAUUAUUUUUAAGACCGGAAUACACACAAGCUGUAAUGAGGAAUUGUUCUGAUGUCAGUGUACAAUUCAUAUAUGAGUAGUUUAUGUUUUUUUCAAUAAAGGAUUUUCUAUUAAUGUUGCA